AUGCGUGUCACUAGUCUCAUUGCCUUCAUUCCCUUCCUGGCGCCCGCCUUGGCCGCUAACCACAAGAACUGCUGGUGCACUGUGCAGUACGGCCCUGGCAAGAACGAUUGGAGAUACGACUGGCAGUUGACCUUCAACGUCUGCAAGAGCAGCUACACCCAGACUGCCGACUAUGACACUGGCUCCGGCCACUGCAUUGCCAACCCCCAUACCAGACUGGAUGGCGACCGUUUCUACAACAACUGCAAGUCCACUGGUGCUGGAGGUUGGUUCCCUGUUGUCAACGGCGCUGUUGAUACCACCGCGAACAAGCUUUUCGCUCCUAAGAACUGGAGAACCGGCCAGCUCUACCAAACCGGCUCUGAUUGUGAUUAA